GGCGCCACAUCGUGGGUAUAUUGCCAAAUAAUAAUACGUACCAGAAACAGUUCUAUUAUCAGAGGUACGGUCAUAUACACGCCCUGUGUCGUGACGCAGUGCCUUUAAUUACGCCUGAUUCCCAGGAACCACUAAAGAAAGCUCGGUGCUUAUAGCAGCUGGUAUCACAAGAGGAGCAGCAUCAUUCUUGAAGAAUUUGUUUGGAGAAAAAUCCUACAAAGCACAGGACCUAUUUGAGAAAAUCCUAAUUAAGAGCGAUCAGAGAUUUAAAAUAAUCUAAGGGAGUCUUAAAUGGGUAGUUCACCUUCAAACAACUAGUUGUUUUCUUUUUUUUUUUUUUUAAAAGGUUCAUCAUGAUGAUUUUAGUUUCCUUUAGUAUGCGAUGUUGGUGUGUUCUGAUAAUCAUUGCAACACUCUUCUCUGGGACUCAUGGUGACUGUGAUAUUCCUCCUAGACUUCAGUAUGGGGAAUUGACACCAGAGUUUGCCGGAAAAAACUUUACUACCGGUGAUGUAGUGCAAUACAACUGCCGCCCUGGUUACCUAAGAAUUCCUAAUACGAAUAACUCAAUAAUUUGUUUGAGCAACUCUAGUUGGUCCACCCCUGAUGUGUUCUGUCAGCUGCGAUCUUGUGGGAAUCCUGGAGACCUUCCAAAUGGAGAACUUCAUGCAGAAGACUUUUUUUUUGGCUCUAGAGUAAACUAUACGUGUAAUUUAGGGUAUAACAUGAUCUCAAAGUUUAAUUAUCGAAUAUGCCAAGCUGAUGGAACGUGGAGUAAUGGCAUUCCAAUAUGUGAAGUCCAGAUCUGUACAUCACCAGGAAGUAUUAUAAAUGGAACAUUUAGUCCACAAAAAGAUGAAUAUAGUUUCCAGGAUUCUGUGAAAUACGAAUGCAUUAAAGGCUUAGUACUUGUUGGGGAAUCCUCUCAGUUUUGCACAGAAUUUGGAAAUUGGAGUCAUGCUUUACCAUCCUGUAAAGAUGUUAAAUGUGCCAAUCCAUCUGUCUCUUACUCAACAAGGCUAUCCGGAUUUAACGGCCCAUAUACCCUAAAUUCUGCUAUUACCUUUGCAUGUGUUGAAGGCUUUGAUCUAUUUGGACCAUCUACUAUAACAUGCAAUAUUGAUAGUCAGUGGGAACCUUCAUUGCCUGAGUGUCUGGGUCGUUGUGGUGUUCCUCCUAGUCUUCACUAUGCACAGCUCAAACCCGAAUUUGGCAGUCAGAUAACCUUUUCCUCUGGUAUAAAAGUGCAAUACACUUGCCAACUUGGGUACAACCCUGUUUCUGGCAAAGAUGCCACAAUAAUUUGCCACAAUUCUAUAUGGUCAACACCUGAUGUGUUCUGUACACCCCAAAUCUGUCAACCUCCUGAAAAUAUUGUGAAUGGAAAUUUUAUUCCACAAAAGGAUCAAUAUAAGUACAAUGAAAUGGUGACGUAUCGGUGCUUUAAUAACACGACGAUUGUUGGGGAUUCCUCCCGUUUUUGCACAGAUACUGGGAAAUGGAGUUCCGUUGUACCUUCUUGUGAUGCCCAAAUCUGUCAACCUCCUGAAAAUAUUGUGAAUGGAAAUUUUACUCCACAAAAGGAUCAAUAUCAGUACAAUGAAAUGGUGACGUAUCAGUGCUUUAAUAACAUGACAGUUGUUGGGGAUUCCUCCCGUUUUUGCACAAAUACUGGAAAAUGGAGUUCCGUUGUGCCUUCUUGUGAUGAUGGCAAUGAUGCUGGUGUCAUUUUCGGAAACCUUGUUCUGUUGCUUACAAUGAUUGUUGUAACCCAAACAUUUAGACAAUUCUUCUAAAAUGAUUGACUAGUUUGAGCCUAAAUGUUUGUCUUGCUAAGGAGCCACCUUCAAACACUAAGUUACUUAAAGAAGACACUCUGCGAAGUACUUUUUGUGGAUGAUCGUAAAUAACUUUGGGAUUUUGGGUUUGGUUCUGUGUACUCCCUGCAGAGAUUAUGUAUAUUCACAAAAAGUUUUUCUAGCUGUUGUGGGAUAAUUGCCUUUUAGAAUUUGACCCUGUUAGUUUAUGUGCUGGUGGAAGAGAAUUAACACUGGCUCAGGGAUAUUAUAUAAAUGAAGUAUAACAAAUGUCACUAUUUGUAAUGACACUAUAUUAUUUUUGCACUUUAUUUACUAAAAUUGGAUCAGAAAAAGCUCAUUACAGUGCACCAAACAAUAGCAAUUGGAAUGUAUGUGAUCAAAGUUGUCUAAUAGAAUGACUGUCCAUCCAUAAAUUAUAACUUACUAAUA